AUGUGUUAUGUGGGUAAAGCUACAAAGAUCUUCUUCAUCUUUAUUGUCACGGUGUUGGUGGUUCUUUGCCUUGUUCUGGGAUUUGGGCUUCUCCGCCACACCCUCCAGAAUACCCACAAAUGCUCUGGUGACUCUUGCCACUCUUCUUCAUCUUCUCCUCCGGUGGCGUUCCCCAACCCCAGCUUUACCCCACCAAGCCCACCUAACCCAUAUCCAUGCCCUGACCCUAACAUCUCCAACCAGCCCAGUUCACCUAACCCAAACCCAAGCCCAAGCUCACCUCCUCCGCCGGCAGCGCCAAUUAAUCAGCCGAGUCCGGUGAUGGCGACACCUGGACCUGUGCAUGGUUAG